CUUGGUGACUUGGACGGGAAGGAAGGAAGGAAACCGACAAGUGGUCUCACCUACUGCGCACCGCAGCCCGAGAAAAGCUUCGGCUCCUUACAUGAUCUCUUUCGGUGAAACAUUUGGAGUUUCAGGGAGCUAUUUCUGCACCCGCCGUGACGUUCGACACGGUUAAUUUAAGAAGAUAUGUAGCGAGUCAGUAAGUAGCUUGUUGUCACCGACAACGAAGCGAGCUGCUCCGCGUGCUAAAGCUAACACGCUAACAUCACACUUCGGAAGGAGUUGUGUCAUAUUUCGGGUUUUUGCUUCAGCGAUAUUACAAAAGAAACACUUCUUAGCUAACCGUAACACCGGGGGUGUUAGGCGGACGUGAUGGCUUCAGAUGUGAUAGAAAGCGAGGCGACUCUGAAGGGUGUGAGUGACACCAACUUGAACAAUAGUCGCCCAGAUUUUGGCACACCCAGGCGGACUCACGAAGGCUCCGGGAAAAGACGCACGUCCAGUCCUUCGUCUUCUGGGGUGUCGGGAGAAGUGGACGAGGAGGAGCUGGACGAGCUGCAGCACAGCACGGCGUCCACGGUUGAAAAUGGCGAGGAGGCAUUUGAAAAUAGUUUAACCAAAACAAGCAGCAGUCCAGAUGAACGGACGACUCCGGACAAUGAACAGAAGAAGCUUGGUGUCCCGGUCAACCUUCCCCAGCCGUGCUCCCCAGCUGGACCCAGUGGAAGCCUGGAGCGCCAGGAAUCGGUUGCCACGACAGAGGCCCGAUUAAGGAUGGAGGGGGUCGAGCUUAAGGAAGAGUGGCAGGACGAGGACUUUCCACGGCCUCUACCUGAGGAGGAGGAGGAGCUCGAAGAGGAGUUGUUUGCUGGAGCCGCUGAAGAGGGCGAUCCUGGCUAUGAGGCGAGCCACAGUAAAAAAGAGAAGAAGAAGCUGGCGGCCCCGGAUAUCAGCCUCACUCUCGACCGCAGUGAAGGUUCCAUUCUUUCUGAUGAGUUGGAUGAAAGUACGGAGCUGGACUUGGACAACAUGGACACGCCUUCAGACAACAGCAAUGAGUUUGAUUGGGAAGAUGAUCUCCCCAAGCCCAAGACUACAGAGCUACUUGAAAAGGGCGUGGAGUCUGUCCAUCCUUACUCCGCCUCGGAGGAGAGGGACGAGGGCCGCCGCUGGAGGGUCUUUCGCAUCGGGGACCAGGAACACAAAGUGGACAUGACGGCCAUUGAACCUUACAAGCGGGUUAUAAGCCAUGGAGGUUACUAUGGAGACGGCUUGAAUGCCAUAAUUGUGUUUGCCGUGUGCUUCAUGCCUGAGAGCAGUCAACCAAAUUACAGAUACAUCAUGGACAAUUUAUUCAUGUAUGUCAUUGGCACGCUGGAACUUUUGGUGGCGGAGAACUACAUGAUUGUGUACCUUAACGGGGCGACCUCGCGGAAAAAGAUGCCGACCGUCGGCUGGCUCCGAAAAUGUUAUCAACAGAUUGAUAGAAGGCUGAGGAAGAAUUUAAAAUCUUUGAUCAUCGUCCAUCCCUCUUGGUUCAUUCGCACGGUGCUGGCACUCACCAAACCUUUUAUUAGCUCCAAAUUUAGUCAAAAAAUCAAGUUCGUGUACAGCCUGACAGACCUGGCAGAGUUAGUCCCAUUGGAGUACGUGUCCAUUCCGGAGUGCAUCAAACUGUUUGACGAGGACAAAAAUAGGAAAAGCCGUAAAAGGAUCGACCAGGAGGAGCACGGCAAAGUGGAGACGGCCACUCCCGCGCUUCCCGAGUGAUCCUGCCAAUUCGCCAGGGAUGAGGGCGAUGAAGAACGUUCAAAUCGCUGCCACUCUUUGUGCGUGUUUGUGUUUUUGGGUGACGUGACUGGAACAGUUUUGCAUUAGGAAAGUGCCUUUUUGAUACAAUGCUGCCUCUUACAUUGUGAAACAUUUUGCUGGUUGCCUUACUUUGUCAAGCGGCUUUGUCCCUUGUUUCCCCUGCCCCACAUGGUGUGCAAGAGGUUUUUUUAAUCCUUUUUUUUCUUUUGGUGUAAUUUAAUGCCACACUAUAAUGUCUUCUUACUGUUGUAUCUACUCUUUAUUUAAGGCACUCUGUUACAUUUGAAUCAAUUGCUGCAUGUACUGCUUUAUUACAUUCAAAUAUAUAUUUAUAUUCAAAAAAAGGUGACAAAAGGAGAGAAAGUAAUAUAUUUUUAUUGUUGCUCUGAUUUUAAAAAUACAUUUUAGGUCUCUGACCCCCCACACCCACCCACUCGAAUACCCUGCGACUUGUGUGGGUCUGAACACCACUCUCUCCAUGCCAUUGAGCAAUACUUGUAUUGUUAUAUAAACACACAUUGUCAAAUUUGCUUGUUUAUAGUCAAGAUUCAGGAAGCGAGAUACUGCACACAAUACUUUUCAAUUGGGCCACUAGGUGGCACCAUAAUCAUUAACUACAACAAUAUUGACAGUCAAUGAAUGAAGAUUAAAUACGAUGAUAUUUGACCAAUGUCUUGACAUAAAUAGAAUAGUGUGUAACUCAUUGCUACCGUUUACCGGAAGCACAAAAAGUACACUUUAAGAUGCUCAUAUGACCAUAACUUUGUUUUCAGAAGGCUCCAUGUGAUGUUUUCUGAGAAAGCGACGGGAGAAGGAUUCUGGGUGUAUCUUACAAUGUAUUGUAAUGCUUUAUUUGAACGAUUUUUUUAAAAAAUGAGCCACUGAUUGUGUAAUCUGAUUAACGAGAUGCACUGUAAGCAUAUUAUUUCAUCCAUUAAACUGAAUGGUCAGAGACAAAAGAA